AUGUCUGCUUUUACUCUCUACGGCGCCCGUGGUUCGACAAACACUGAUCGAGUCCGUCUGACACUUGCCGAAGGCGGUUUCACAGACUUUGAACUUGUCCUCCUUGACCUCUCAAAGGGACAACAGAAGUCAAAAGACCAUUUCGCCCGCCACCCAUGGGGUAAAGUCCCAGCAAUUGAAUUCUCCAAUGGCUUCACCCUCUACGAAAGCCGCGCCAUCUGCAAAUAUCUAUCCAAGAAAUAUAGCUUUCCUCUGCUCCCUUCCGAGUCCGACAUGGAGGCCACAGCACUCUUUGAACAAGCACAGUCGGUAGAAAUGCAAUACUUUGCAGAACCUGCCGGUCGCAUUGCUUUUGAAAAGUUUGCCAAGAAAUUCAUCGGCUUACCUCCAAACGAACAAGUUGUCACGGAUGCGGUAAAGGCCGUUGAGGCGUUUUUCGACGUGGCAGAGAAGUUCUUGUCGGAGAGAGAGUAUAUGGCUGGGAAUGAGUUUACACUCGUGGAUAUUUACUAUGUGCCUUUGGUUCAGAGAUUGCUUGUCUGCGGGUUUGACAAUGUUAUUACUGAGAGGCCGGCUGUGAGUGCUUGGUGGGAGCGGAUUAGCACCAGGCCUGCUGUGCAGAAGACUAUGGCUGCUUGA